GCUGUGUGCGACCUGGGGUGGUGGCCGGAGGGGCCCGCCCUGUGGCGGCUUGCAGACGGUGCUUCACUCGCCCUGACAGCCAAGCCCACGGAGCGCAUAGCCAGGGAUGCGGCGGAGGCAGCCCGGUGCGACCGCUGCGGGACGCCGAACGCGGAUGAGGUCCACCGCUUCUUCGCCUGUCCGGCGCGGCGGGCUGAGCGCGCGUCGGCCGGAUUGACGCAGCAGUUCGCCGAUCGUUGCGUGCAGUGCGUCCGGGCCGCCUUCCUCUGCCGCGGCCUCAUGCCCGCGGAAGCCACUCGCUUCCCUGUCGGGCUUAUCCCGAG